AUGGCCGGGAGCAUGCAGGCGGCGGACGCAGCGGGGCGGAUCAGCGCGCUGCUGUCGCUGCUCGCGCUGCGCCGGAUCCUCGCCGUGCUCCAGCCCUUGCUCCUGCUCCUGCUCCUGCCCUUCCGCUGGCGGGCGGCGCGCCAGGGGGACGCGGCCGCCGCGGACGCCGUCGUCUCGGCCUCCGCCUCCUCCGGGAAGAAGGCCAAGGCCGCCGUCGUGCUGCGGGUGCCCGCCGUCUGCUCGCGGAGGCAGGCCCUGGCCCGGCGCGAGGCCGCCAUGCGCCGCGCCAGGGAGGCCGGGCGCGACUACGAGCUCAUCCCCACCGCCCGCGGCGAGACGCUCUUCACGCAGUCCUGGUGGCCGCACGCCUCCUCCUCCUCCGCCGUCAAGCCCAGGGCGCUUGUUCUUGUCAUGCACGGGUUGAACGAGCACAGUGGGAGGUAUGAUCACCUGGCGAAACGAUUGAACGCCAUGGAUGUCAAGGUUUACGGCAUGGACUGGACUGGCCAUGGUGGAAGUGAUGGUCUACAUGGAUACGUCCAAUCUCUUGAUCUUGCUGUCCAGGACAUGAAAAUGUAUCUGAAGAAGAUCUCAGCCGAGAACCCUGGCGUCCCAUGCUUCUGCUUUGGGCACUCCACCGGUGGAGGCAUCAUCCUCAAGGCUGUGCUUGAUCCGGAGGUCGACGCUCUUGUCAAUGGCAUCAUCCUCACAUCGCCGGCUGUCCGUGUUCAACCCGCGCAUCCUGUCGUCGCGGCGCUUGCCCCGGUUUUCGCGCUGAUAGCACCGAGGUACCAGUUCACGGGGUCGAGCAAGAACGGGCCGGCGGUGUCGCGCGACCCGGAGGCGCUGAGGGUCAAGUACUCGGACCCGCUGGUGUUCACGGGUUCCAUCCGGGUGCGCACCGGCUACGAGAUCCUCCGGCUCACGGCCUACCUGCAGCAGCACCUGCGCAGGGUCACGGUGCCGCUGCUGGUGCUGCACGGCGCCGACGACAUGGUGACCGACCCGGAGGGCUCGCGCCGGCUGCACCGGGAGGCCUCCACCCCGGACAAGGCCAUCCGGCUCUACGACGGCCUGCUGCACGACCUGCUCAUCGAGCCCGAGAAGGAGGUGGUGCUUGGCGACAUCGUCGACUGGCUCAGCCCCAGGAUUUGA